UUGGCGGGAGAACGAUGUGGCUGAUGGCGCGGAAAUGGAUGAUUUAUUUGCAGAUUUUUACAUACAGCUUUGCGCUAGAGCGUUAUGUUGCUACAAGGUAUUCCUCUGUCAUAUUAUAUGGAUACAGAGAUGGAUCUAUUUCAGACCUAACUUCAGUCGGUUGGUGGUAUACUUAUCGCGAUGGGAGCCUUCGUUUUGUGCACCACGAUGUUCCAUUUAACUUCAUUAAAAUAUCUACGUUUUUUGAAAAUCGAGUGAAUUACAACAAAGAGAACACCUCUAUUGAGUUUUUGAAAGUAGAUCUAUCUGACGCUGGAGUUUAUGAUGUAUUCAUAAAACACAAAAAAGACUUACACUCCAAUAAUUACUUGCGUUGUGUCGUGGAGGUACAUGAUAUUUUGCCACAUCCAUUGAUAAUUCAAGAUACCUUCCUUGAACUGAAUUUUGUUGUCCUUAAUUGUCUUGUGGAAAGUGGGAAAUUAACUACAGUGUUGUGGCUUAAAGAAGGUAACGCAAUACAAAGUGAUGAAACUCACAAAAUAUUGAAUGGCAACAGAACGCUAAUAGUUAACACUCAGCUGAUUAGCUGUGCAUUGUAUACAUGUGUAAUCAGAGGCAUUUUGCAGGAGAAGAGGAGCUCCCAUUUGUUCACCUAUGAUGGAAUGCUGUUACUCCAUGAAUUCUCUUUCAUGUCUUCUGUCAUGGCUCUGGUUAGCACAACAACAUCUUUUGCAGUAGGUGCUUUCAUAAUCUGCUUUGCUGUGAAGAAUUACAAAGGUCACAAGCAACAUUUGAACCUCACUGCUCUUUUUAUAUUCUUCCAAAUUCUCGCCUUUGCCUUUCUAUUGACUGCAGCCCUGAUGUGUAUGUGUAAUUCAGCAUACCCUGUAGCGUACAGACUUAUUGAAGGCUUUGGACUUGUCUUCGCUUCUGCAGCAAUCAUUUACAUGAUAGCUUUAUACGUGCGAGCUGAAAUUCAAUUGAAAAGUUCAUUUUUGACAAAGAGAAAUUAUCGUCUUGUUUUUUGGGUGUAUGGAAUCUUCUCAAUGAUCAUUUCAGUUGUACCAAUUCAUAGAGGCCAAAAAAACAUUACAGAAUGCCAAAUUCCUGUGAAUCAUAUUUUGGGAACUGUUGCAGCUACAGUCGUGAUUUAUGUGUUUAUUCUAGGGAUAUCAUUUAUCUUGUCUUUAAAAUACAGUAAGUGCAUGGAUGAGCUAAGACAGAGAUGCAGUCGGACAGUGUUACCAAGGUCUUGGAAGUGGAACAGAUGGAUCACCAGAAGCAUGUGUCGGUAAAAUAAUACUAAGUUGCAAACAGUCUGCUUCAAGCUCAGACGUAACUGGGGAAAUGACUGGAGCCUGGAUUGUGAUUAGGGAACAGAGUUGUGACAACUUCUGUUUUCCCAAAAUUGGUCAGGAAAUGUUUACUUAGCCAGUGCUAGAUUGAAACAGUAUGAACAUAUAGAGGCAGUUAAAAUGUUGAGAGAUGGAGUGGUUAGAUUGAGUUGGAUGACCUUUUAGUUGAUGCUGCAAAAUAGGAGGGCAUCAGGGAUAGAUCCUGGGGACGCCAGAAGUAACAGUGUACUAGGGGGAAAAUAAGUAAUUGCAAAUGGGAAAUCAAUGAGCGGCUUUACUGUAACAGGCAAAGGUGACACUAACGGUAUAAGGAAUUUUGCUACAGAAGUUUUACAGUAGUUAAAAUUAGCUGCAGUAACAAGUUGCAAUAAUAAGGGUCACAGUGACUGGGAACGCUCCAGUAACAGAAGGAACUUAGUAAAAGAGAAGGUUUAAGUAAUGGAAGGUUUACAGUAACAGAUUUACAGCAAUAAAACAGUUGCAGUUAAAGGAGAGGAAGUUCCAUGAUUUUGACUCCAACAGUGAAGGAACAGCAAUAUAAUUCCAAAUCAGAACGGUAUGAGACCUGGACAAAAACUUAACUCAUGGUGUUCCCAUACACCACCUGUCCUUGUCUUUCAAGUUGAUAGUGGUUGAGAGUUUGGAACAUGCUUUCAAAGGAGCUUUGACAAGUUCUGCAUUACAUCUUGUAGGUGGUGCACAUUGCUAUCACUGUGUCAGUGGUAAAGAGUUGAGAAUGAUGGAUAGGAUGAUGCAAAUUUUACCAGAGACACUGCCUCCUGUUCAAAUCUGUACUUUUUUUCUUCCCCCAUCUAUAGUCUCCACUCUUCAGAAAAGAAACCCAUCCUACUUACAGGCUCUCUUAUUAAGUAAUCACCCCUGUACUGUUUGCCCAAAGUGAUCUUCAGUCCUUUCCUUCAGAAACUCUGCCCUUCUCACAGCCUAGAUGUAUCUUUCUUCAGGGCUCACUGAGUUAUAUAUGGGAGUAUUUACCAAGAGGUCUGUGGGAGCAGAAAAUGGAUCCACAUUUGUUUUAGUUUGGACAGAAUCUGUCAGAGUGAGGGAAUGAGAGACAAAGUGAGAACAAUAGGAGGUAGAAAAUGUGAAAACACAGGAGUGGAAAUGCUGAGGGUAGUAGGUGAGGUGUUCAAGUAAAGGUGUCGGAGGAGGGAUCUGGGUGAGGAAAUGGAAAUGAGUAUGAGAGGGAGAUGCAGGAAGGAACUGUGCCUGUCAUUCUCAAGUGGGAACGUGUGAUUAAUCAUGCUGGCAUGGAUAUGCUGUGUUGCCUCCAACAUCCCUGUUGGGUAUGUUAUAAUCUGUUUUCCAGUGUGACUCCCCAUGCUUGGGUGAGUACUUUCGUAGCUUUCUGCAGAAAUUGUGUGAUUGAUCACAAGACAGCAGCCAACAUAAAUGGAUUUGCCCCACAUCUCACUGCCACCUGCCUAGAUUUGGGUAUUUCUACUAACAUUGGAGAAGAAAUUAGUCAUUUAUUUGUCUGUUUCCUCAACUCAUGCCCUGGAAAACUGCUUUAAUUUUUUCUAGAAUGCUAAGGAAUGAUCUUCCUCGUGUCACGUCAACACUAAGUCACCACUUACUGCUACUGCUGAGUAUAUUGUUUCUGACAGUUAAUCCAUUGUUCUUCAGGCUGUUUACAUGUAUAGAAUAUAUCAUUAGGAACUGUGACAAAAGUGGUUGUUUUAUUGUACUUCACCAUUGUCAAUUCAUGGUUACUUGUGUGUUUGAGACAACUGAAUUUCAACUGUGUAUCUUACAUUCUCUGAAUUGUAGUAUAAAGAAUUGAACCCGCCUGUGACAUGCUGAGAUGUUGUAUAUCACAGGAAGUAAUGCAAUGUCAUAUUCUUUCUGAUUUCAUGGCAAGAUGAAACCAUUGUAAA